AUGAAUUGGUUUCGAAGCCCUGAAUCAAGUUCAUGGGUUUCAGCAUGUGAAAAAGUCAGAAAUGCCCUCGAAGAUUAUGGUUGUUUGACUUGUUUCAUGGCUCUGUCUAACACAGUAUCGGAUGAUCUACAAAACAAUAUUCUUACAUGUCUUAUGGAUUUGUUUGGUUUGUUGCAGAAUAUCAAAGACAAAAACAUUUCUGAAAAACCUUUCCAUGGCUACUUUGGAAGGAGGUCUUCUUCUCCUUUGCUUGAAAGCUUGGGAAUUGAAAACCAUUCUUCUCUCAAAUAUGUUCGUGAUUUCGCCUCUCUCAUGUGCCCACAAGAAAAUUAUGAUCCAUUUUAG